UGGGUGGUGACCGGGAUGGAUUCCAAGGGACCGCUAGGACCAGCAAGGGCAAGGGAGGGAUUCGGACGUGGGGACACCUUCGGGGACCACCUGCAGCAUUUGUGCUUUUCACCCAGCCACGCCGUUAACGAGAUCACUGAGGCCAAACGAGAUGGCGGACGCACAGGAACGCGAGCAAGUCUUCGAGCUGGUCGUGAAGCAGACCUUCCUGGAAUUCGUGCCUUCGGAGCCACGGACUUCGCUCGGGCUCGCGGCCCGCAGCCACAGUGCACCGCCCCCACCGAGGAGCAGCGAAGCGACGGAAGAUGUGGAAGAUGACUCGAAUCAGUCCGCCUCCUCGUAUCAGGCUGAGAAGGCUGAAGACACAGACCAUGAGGGUGAACAUUCCAUCGGUUCCACAUCACACCGGGUCGGGCUUUGCAAGCCAUGUGCUUGGUACUGGAAACCUGGAGGAUGCAUGAAUGGCGCCCAGUGCAGGCACUGCCACCUCUGCCCCCACGGCGAGCUCGGCCGUCGCAAGCGCAUGAACCGGAAAAUCGCCCGCAACACGCGACAGGCCCAGGCAGACGACCCGGCGCCCGCCCAGUCCCUCCAGAGCGACUCCGAGACCGCCGAGCCUGAGCCCGAGAUGGAGGUGACCAGUUCCGAGGUCGACGCCACGCCCCUGUCGCUGUUCCACGCGGUGCCAGUCCACGAUGGGUCGCCGCUCGGUGCGGAGGGUGUGCGCCUGAGGAAUCCACGAGGCGCCGGGCAUGCCGCCGUUGACGCACCCGCCGCCGAUGUGGCGGCCGGGCUAUGGUCGGGCCCAGACGUGGAGCACCACGCCGAGCUCCGCACGACCGAGCUUUGUGCGAAGGGCCUCUAGGGCGGAACACGAGGAACCUGCGGGAUGGGCCUAAGCGGAAGAUGCCCAGUGUCCUGGGUGGAGAUCCCCGAAAGUUUGGGUGAAAACGGAUGAACACCGGUUCAUGGGUCCGGUUACGAGCUGCAACUCCGGAUGAAAGACGGUGGUUUGAGCGAGAAAGGGAGUGCGUGGAUGGCCCCAACGACUACGUGGAUGGCCCCAACAACUACGUGGAUGGCCCCAACAAGGACCAUUUUCCGAAGAGUUACACUUCGCCGGCUUUGACCAAAACGCCACAAUGGGACAUGAUUUUGGAAACAGGUCCUGUGCAAUUGAAAAAAAGGAAUUAGUGCAAGUGACAGGCACUGCCGUUGGCCAUCGCAAGAAACAUGAGUUCAGCUGAUGGUGAACUCCUCCGUGACACCAUGAUGAUUCCAGGGGUGUACUCAGAGUGGACUUGGAAGGAUGGCAGCAAGGAUGGCCAACUGAGGAGACAGUUUCGUACGAAGGAUGCACAGUUGGACCUGGGUGCCUGCGAAGAGAUUCCCC